AUGACCUCCACCACCACCUACAAAGCCCUAGUCACCACGGGCGUAGGCGAGUCCACGAUCCAGGACCUGCCGGUCCCGCGAUCCGUGCGCGAGGGCUACGUGCUGGUGCGCACCAAGGCGGUGGCCCUGAACCCAGCGGACUUGAGGGCCUUGUACAACGAGGAUGGGAGCGUGGUGGGCAAGAAGUUUGGGUGUGAUUUUGCCGGCGUGGUGGAGGAGGUUGGGGAGGGAGUGACCAAGUAUGUUGUUGGGGAUCGGAUCUGUGGGCUGGCUUUUGCCGGAGACUUGGAGCACGGCGCUUUUGGCGAAUAUGUCCUCUCGCCAGUCGAUCCGGUGACGCUGAAGAUUCCGGACAACCUCAGCUUUGAGGAGGCUGCGACGUUGGGUGUCGGUGUGACGACUGUUGGCCAAGGUCUCUACCAGAACCUCAAGCUGCCAUUGCCCAACCAGCCGUCCUCAGAGCCCUUCCCGCUGCUCAUCAACGGUGGCAGCACAAUGAUGGGCGUCCUCGGAAUCCAGUUUGCCAAACUCUCCAACGCAAUCGUGCUGGCGACCUCGUCCCCACACAACUUCGAUUACCUCCGGUCCCUCGGCGCAGACUACGUCUACGACUACCACAUCGACCCAGCCACCCUCGCCGAUCGCAUCCGCGCCGACCUGGCUGCGUCGUCUUCUCGCAGCUCGAAGCCCCUCGCCCUGGCGUGGGACUGCCUGGUGACCCCUGACUCGACACGCCUCAUCGCACUGGCGGCGGGCGCAGGAGGAGCAGGGUCGUCGUCGUCAUCGUCGUCGUCGUCGUCGCCGCCGAAGAAGAUGCGGUACGGCGUGAUCCUGCCCGUCGACAAGGACGCGGUGCAGGCUUUGUACCCGGACGUUCAGUGGGAGAUUGGGUUGACGAUAGGGUACAGCGUGUUUGGGGAGGAGUUCACGCGGGGGAAAUUCAAGUUGGAGGCGAGCAGGGAGGACUGGGAGUUUGGUAAGAAGUUUUGGGAUCUGACGGCGGGCCUGCUGGCCGAGGGGAGAGUGAAGGCUGGGCGGGUGGAGACGAACCGGCUGGGGAAGGGGCUGGAAGGGGUGAGGCUUGGGUUGGAGGAGCUGAAGGCCGGGAAGGUGAGUGCUACGAAGCUGGUGUAUACUUUUUUAGAAGGAUGAUGAGAAGUUGUUGUUUGUGAGGACUGGAGCAGUGGGAGGAGAGGGUGAGAAGGUACUGCUUGAGAGGUGAGGCGGGGCGGGGCGAUGAACAGAAGGAAAGAAGUUUAUUAUACAGUCACAAGUGCAUUGAUAUAUGU